GCCAGGACGUGAUUCUGCGUCGUCUCCACCUAAUGUCAUCCAGCGCAAUCAAAUUUGCCGUCAACGCUCUCAACCGAGAGAAACCAAGGUCGUCCAUCACUGAGUGGAUUGAGAUCCUCACCUCACCAUCCUACGCCGACGAGGCGUACGAUGGCAUACCCGAGAUCGUCGAGUCCAUAAACCUCCAGCCAACAGGCACUGCCGAGGCCUCCAGAGCGAUAAGAAAGAAAAUCAAACAUGGAAACUCUCAUCAUCAGUACCGCGCUCUUGUUAUCUUGACUGCGCUCGUGGAAAACGGUCCUCGUUCAUUCCAGACCAACUUUGCGGACGGGCAGCUAUUGGAUGCCAUCAAGCAUCUGGCUUCGGACUCCUCCACCGACGCCAAAGUCAAGAAGAAGGUCUUGUCCGUCCUUGCAUCUUGGCACAACCAGUUCAAGGGCGAUGCAGGUAUGACCACCGUGUCUAACCUCUAUAGGCAAUGCAAACCCGCCGAGCGAAAGUCCCACCAAUCGCCUGUGGAUGUCAUCAUGAGCGGCUCGAGCAACGAGCUAGCCGAGUACGGACGAAGACAAAGAGAGAAGGAAGAGAAGGAAGCUGCCAAGAAGAAGGCCAAGGAGGAGGUGAAGGCGCGGCAGCGGAGAGAGGAAGAGGAGGCGAGGCGGAGGAAGAAUAGGCCCAAGAGGGCGCGAUUCAAUUUCGAAACGGAAAAACCCCAGAUUCUGACGGCGAUCGCUGGGGCGAGUCAAACGUCCAGCAAUCUAGUCAAUGCCAUGAUGCUGGUGAAUGCUGAGACGGAUAGUGUCAUAACCAAUGAUCGGGUGCAAGACUGUCUUGUCAAAGCCAAGACCUCUCGCAAGGCUAUUGUCCGUUACAUUCAGCUUGUAGAGAACGAAGAGAUGAUUGGGACGCUUAUUGAGACGAACGAACGAAUCAUCGCUGCAUUGCAGAUGUACGAUGACCUCGCAACGCCAGACACGAAACCCGAUCCGACGGUCGACAUCACGAAAGCUCUCGAAGGGACCAACAUCUCGAGCAGCGAGCUACACAAGCUGCAAGACCGCCAGCGCGCCGCCGUCCAGCGCGUCAGGCAACAGCGCUCCCAGUCCACCCUUGACCUUCAAGGUGCCGGAGACGGAAGCGGACACGUUCACCCUGAUCUGCAGGACCUAUCAUUCGGAUCUUUGGGCCUGGAUCAGCACGGACUGCCGGCUCCGAUGCGGCCUUCGUCGCAGCACGAGCCCCUAGGCGACGCGGAAUGGGACCGGGGAAGAGGCAGCCUCUCGGACUUCAGCGAUUAUGACAGUGAUGGAGAUGAGCACAGCAGCGGAUCGCCGUCCCGCCACGCAGGGCCCAGUACCAGUACGAGCGCGGGCGCAGGGCAUGGGAACAAGCUUGUUGACGUCGAAGAUCCGUUUGCUGACCCGUUCGCUGAUUAGUAGUCCGCUGGUUUUCAUGUCUGUCUCCACUUCGUUCAUCAUGCAAGUGCCAGCGCGCCAGUUUUCCUAACUUUCCAAUACCGAUCUAUUAUACGAUACAAUGCGGUUCAAUAUUUAUAUUAUUUACGGGAGCCUGUGUGCGACGGCUCCGUGAAGCAAUCAAAUGAAAUCAAGGUAACCAGCCCAACAUACAUAUACAAAUAUACACAAUAACGAUACAGUCUGCGUGCGUUCAGUACCAAGCUACAAGUUCAAGAGUACCCAAGAAGCCAGCGCGAAAACGAUCGUGGUCAAGGUCCAUUGCGAGCGCGUCGCCCGUAUCAACCGCUCUCCAUCUCGCUAUCGCUAUCGCCGCCGGGCAUAUCCUCGGUCCCGGAGCCAGAGUUCGUGGGCAUUUGAGUCUGCAUCUGCUGCGCGUCUUGAUGUUGCUGGCCGUUCCCUUGCAGCUGAACAAUAUUCUGCUGUCCCGCGCCGCUGUUCGGGUUUGGGCCGUGAACGUUGAGCGCGAGUGCUCCGAGAGGGAUACCCGGACCCGUCGACGGGCCCAUGGGGCUCUCCAGGUAGAGUCGGAGCAGGAUGGCUUCGAGAGCGGCUACGCUGGCAGCGGGGUAGUCGAAAGUCCUGGCAUGAUCGCGGAUAGAGCCGAACACGGUGGUCAUCCGCUCCCACUGUGCAUCCUGUACAUUGGGACCCUGGAUUGUAGGAAAAGUUAUAUUGGAGAAAUGCCCGGGCAAGCUGCUUCCGUAGCCGGGGUAAGGAUGCGAGGGGUGCGUGAGGUGCGGCACAGGAGGUGGUGCAUUGAAGUUUUGCGCCUGUGGUUGCGAGGGAGAAGCGGACUGGUUCGCCGGGGCUGCGAUGCCAGAUGUAUCUGCGCUACCACUGGCUCCAGGAACGUGCGUGUGACGUCUGGCUUUCUCGUCCGCAACGGCUUGUCGGCGACCUCUGCGAGUGUAAGGUAAGUUGGAAAUCCCAAUAGAAUGCGAGUGCUGCGAUGUGUAGCAUACGCGGACUUCGUCGGUGUCAAAGUAAGUCUUGUAGCUUAUGGAAGCGGGACACCCUUGUCCUUCCAACUUGCGGCUGGGAACUUUGCGAAUACGUUCUGGAUGUUUCUUGACGUACUUCUUGCGCCCGCUCCGGGAGUGGCGCGCGCAUACCAGCUUGGUGUGGUCCUUGAAGCGAGGUGGAACUGCCUUGCUUUGAUGUGUGUCGCCCUUGACGAACUCGACCAUUUGGGUCUCCUCCUCCUGAGCGCGCCACGCUUGGAAGGCGACUAUGUUUGGAAAGACGAGUGUGUAUCCAUCGUCCGAGUCGCCCGAGCCAUAUGGUGGUCGGUUCUUGUUGGAUGACGACGACUGUGCAUCGGGCUGCGCGCUGGGAUCCUGAGUAGGGGUGGAGUUGUUGUCGGUGAAGGCGUUGGUGUUAGCGAUGACGGGGGCGGGUUGUCCCAAGGCGUGGUGGUGGUUCUGCUGGAGAUGCGGAGGCAGCGGCUGGGCCAUGGCCAGCUGGCCGAGUCUGAAAUGCUGGAAACUCAUCACUUUUUGUCGAGAAAUCGGAACAAAAGGCAAAAAGUUGGGCAAACGUCCGCGCAGAACCCCCAAUUCGACGUGAUUUCCUGACGCUUUCUCUCUGUCACGAGUUAGCGGCCGUGGACGAAACCACAAGGAACGAUCCCAGCUCGCACACCGCUCGCGAUAUGGC